CCCGCGGAGGCCGAGGAGCGCUCGCUGCAGCACAUGCUGCGCGCCAUCGCGGAGGAGCGCGGCCGCCUGAGCCUGCGGCGCGAGGUCUGCGGCCUCGGCUGCCUCAAGGAUGACCGCAUCGUCUUCUGGACGUGGAUGUUCUCCACCUACUUCAUGGAGAAAUGGGCCCCCCGGCAGGAUGACAUGCUGUUCUACGUUCGCCGGAAGCUGGCCUACACGGGUAGCGAGAGCAGCGUGGAUGGGAGGAAGCUGCCCGAGGCGGAGCCCGAGGUGGAGGUGGAGGUGUACCGGCGUGACUCCAAGAAGCUGCCGGGCCUGGGAGACCCCGACAUCGACUGGGAGGAGAGCGUGUGCCUGAACCUCAUCCUGCAGAAGCUGGACUACAUGGUGACCUGUGCCGUGUGCACACGCGCCGACGGGGGUGACAUCCACAUCCAUAAGAAGAAGUCACAGCAAGUGUUUGCCUCGCCUAGCAAGCACCCCAUGGACAGCAAAGGGGAAGAGUCCAAGAUGAGUUACCCCAACAUCUUCUUUAUGAUCGAUAGCUUUGAGGAGGUGUUCAGCGACAUGACUGUGGGGGAGGGAGAGAUGGUCUGCGUGGAGCUGGUGGCCAGUGACAAAACCAACACAUUCCAAGGGGUCAUCUUCCAGGGCUCCAUCCGCUACGAGGCGCUCAAGAAGGUUUAUGACAACCGAGUGAGCGUGGCUGCGCGCAUGGCCCAGAAGAUGUCGUUCGGCUUCUACAAGUACAACAACAUGGAGUUCGUGCGCAUGAAGGGGCCCCAGGGCAAGGGCCACGCCGAGAUGGCCGUCAGCCGCGUGUCCACUGGCGACACGUCCCCCUGCGGCACCGAGGAGGACUCCAGCCCGGCCUCGCCCAUGCACGAGCGGGUGACCUCCUUCAGCACGCCCCCCACGCCCGAGCGGAACAGCCGGCCCGCCUUCUUCUCCCCCUCCCUCAAGAGGAAGGUGCCCCGCAACCGCAUCGCCGAGAUGAAGAAGUCACACUCGGCCAAUGACAGCGAGGAGUUCUUCCGGGAGGAAGAUGGCGGAGCCGACCUGCACAAUGCCACCAACCUGCGCUCCCGCUCCCUGUCUGGCACGGGGAGGUCCCUGGUUGGGUCCUGGCUGAAGCUGAACAGAGCUGAUGGAAACUUCCUUCUCUAUGCACACUUGACCUACGUCACUUUGCCGCUGCAUCGGAUCUUAACAGACAUCCUGGAGGUACGGCAGAAGCCCAUCCUGAUGACCUAGUGUGGCAGAGCCACACGGAGCCCUGGCCCUGAGGCCUGGGGACUGCUGCCAAGUGCCUACCUGUCACCGCCACCGGGGUCUUCUGUGACAACCAGCGCCAGGGCUGCAGCCAGGCGGGGCCGCUCGACUCCGGGGCCAGGGCCGAUCCACAAACACCAGCCCAAACUGAAGUGCCUCGUCCUCCUCCCCGCUGGCUCUGCUCCUGCCCUGCACCCUGCCCUCACUCCUGCCUGUCUCCGGAGCACCCUCCGCACCUAGACAGGGCCAGGGACACCAGGAGGCCACAGACAGCAAAAGACAGCCGGAUCCUGGCCACAGGCCAUGUCCCAACCCGACAGCAGGUGGACGCUGCCCAGCCAGGCGCCCUGUGAGUCAGACUGGCCGGGCUUCCUUCCAAGGCCCCGGGCAGGUUUCAUGACUUGGUACCCUGAACUCCAGCGUCCAUCCUCCCCUCGACACACGUUGUCACAGCAGGCUCCCCAGGGAGUGGGAGAUAUGACGUAUUCAUCGGCUUUGCCCUGGGCUGGGAAUACCUCGCCCUGUGCCCAGUUCCAGAACCUUCUCUAGCUGAGCAGACAACCUAGACCCCCCCAGAUUGGCCUUCGCUUCCAGCCAAAGAACAUCGCCAACACACAUGCCUCCACCCGGGGCCAUUGGCUCCGGGCCUUAGCUGGAGGGACCUGCAGAACUGGGUCCUCAGGCCAGGUGGGAGAGCUUGGUAGCCAGGGUGUCUGAGCGGCUGGGGUUGGCAUCCUGCUGCCCCCCCGCCAGCAGACGGCAUCUUCUGGGCGAGGGGCUGUACAGUCCCCUUGCCCAGUUCCUGCCACCAGCGUGCUGGGCUCAUCACAGGCCACCCCCUUGCAGCCAGAGCUGUUUAUGCGCAUGCGUGGCUGCAGCCUGGUCUCCCCAGUACCUGGAGCCUCCCCUGCCCACCUGGGAGUUGACUAUAAGCUUCGUCUCUCUGUUGCUGUUCUGGUUCGAGGCCCUUGGCCCCCUGGAGGGCUCCGGGUAAAUGUGUGGAGACCUCUUGUCAGUAGGAGAGAGCAGCUAUUCUCCCAUCUGUUUCCAUUCUGUGAGCUCUGGGGACAGGACUACUUUGGGGCUUUCUCCAGAUUUUGUAUGUUGUUAUUAAAAGCGAGCUAUUGCAUUUCA